AUGCAGAUUUUUGCAACUGGUAUUGAUGGCUCUCUGCGUAGUGUCGAUGUAUCGGCCGAAACGACAGUGGCCGAGCUGAAAUCGCUGUUGCUGGCCGGCGAUGAUGCAGUUCUGUCGUACGAAUCCAAAAUUCUUGCCGAUGAUAGUGCGCCCGUUUCGAUGUUUGGGAUUCGACCCGAAUCGACCCUGCAUGUGAGCGCUCGACUUCUUGGCGGUAAAGUGCACGGAUCGUUGGCUCGUGCGGGAAAAGUACGCGCGCAGACGCCAAAAGUUGAAAAACAGGAGAAGAAAAAGAAGAAAACGGGUCGAGCGGCUCGUCGUAUUCAGUACAACCGGCGUUUCGUGAAUGUUGCCGUUAAUCAGCCAGGUCGUAAACGUGGACCAAAUUCGAAUGCCAAGUAA